AUGUCGUCGGCCAACGCAACCUCUUGUGUUUAUGGAGAAAUUUGGAUUGACGGCUUUGCCAGACUGCACAAAGGGGAUGAUUUCACUUCUAGCCCAUCAUCAAAUACUCUCCAGGAGUUCGGUGAUGUUUGGCUUGCUGCCGCUGAGCGCCAGCUCAGCCUCAGCCCCAAGUCGCCGUCCCCUGAGGAGCUGACGGAACGCAGACAGGAGCGUAAGCGCAAGGGCUUGGUCAUAGCGCUCAACACAUAUGCCAAGCGAAACAACAUGCAGCUCACUGAUUUAGAAUUCGUGGAAGAGAAAGAGAGGAACCAAGUCUAUGGACGUGGAGCACUAUAUGUGCACUCCAACUUUCUGGUGAAAGGUUCAGAUGGCAAACCUACUAUGUUCUUUGCUGAGAUGCAUCCUGACUGCACACAGGAAGAGGAUGUUGUCUGCUGCACUCCUUUGGAAGAAAACGACUAUGGUCAUUGUGUUGAGUGUGACGAUCGAGCAAAGGAGCUUAGGCAUCCCUCGGGCGGUGGCUACUUGGGUGGACAUGAUGAGAUGAUUUUUCACUUUGAGGAGCUGGACAGUGAUGAUGACUGUUUUAUGUGA